AUGAAGUCUUUUCUGCCCUUAUUGAGCCUGGCCGGCGCUGCUAGCGCGCUGCACCUGUACAUUGAUGCCUCGAAGCCCAAGUGCUUCUUCGAGGAGCUGCCCAAGGACACGCUCGUCGUUGGCCACUACAACGCCGAGGAGUGGGACGACCACAUCCAGACCUGGUCGAAGCACGACGGCAUCAGCAUUUACAUUUCCGUUGAUGAAACGUUUGACAACGACCACCGCGUGGUGUCGCAGCGCGGUUCCUCCAGCGGCAAAUUCACCUUCACGUCCGCCGAGGCCGGCGAGCACAAGAUCUGCUUCACGCCCACGUCCAACAGCGGGCGCCCCGGCUGGCAGUCGGCGACGGGCCACGAGGGCCACAAGGGCCACGUCGGCAUCAAGCUGGAGCUCGACCUGGCGAUUGGCGAGUCAAGCAAGCUCGAGAGCACCGACAAGAACAAGCUUGAGGACCUCGAGAGCCGUGUGCGGGACCUCAACAACCGCCUGAGCGACAUCCGCCGUGAGCAGGUCUUCCAGCGCGAGCGCGAGGCCGACUUCCGCGACCAGUCCGAGUCCACCAAUGCCCGCGUCGUCCGCUGGAUCUUUAUCCAGCUCAUCGUCCUCGGUGUCACCUGUGCCUGGCAGCUGUCGCACCUGCGGUCCUUCUUCAUCAAGCAGAAGCUGACAUAG